AACGCUGGCGGCAUGGCGGGGGCGAUGGCUUUGGGUUAAGCGCGUGUAGCCAGUGACUGACAGUGUCGACGGAGAAGAGGGAAUCCUUCCCGGCUCAUCAAGUUGAGAGGGAAAGGCUGGGAAAAAUCCAGGAUUUGGGAGUUCGCUGCAGCAACGUCGCCGUCGGCUGAGAUUUGACGGAGAAGGGGAUCGGCGCCGGCGUGCGAGCGGUAACAGAGAUGACAGAAAAGUAGUGUUUUAGAGUGCGUUGGAGGGUGAACUUUCUCCUUCAAGCGGCAGGCUAUGUUUGGACAGGUUCUUUAUGGUAAGGAGUAAGGUGACAUUCCUCAGAGAUUGGCUUUUUAAAUCAAAAUGGAAGCUUCCCUGGAUGAUGGAAAUAGGAUUGUGCUUACUUAUGGGGAUGCUGGCAUGAGUGCACAUGAAGUUCACAUAAACCAAGAACCUUAUGAAGGCAUGUCCUUUGAAUCAGAAAAAGCUGCAAGAGAAUUCUACGAUAACUAUGCCUCACGGGAAGGAUUCACAACUCGUGUUCUUUCAUCACGAAAGUCUGAGCAAGAUGGUUCAAUCAUCUCUCGUGGACUUGGAUGUAGAGGUGUUGGUCGAAUAAAAACUGCAAUUGAGAAGCAAGAUCGACAAAAUGUCUGUACAGCAAUGAUUCUGUUGAAGAGAGAAAAGGAUGGGGAAUGGGUCAUCCGUAAAUUUGUUAAGGACCAUAAUCAUCCUGUGAUGGUUGACUCUGAGAAAACUCCCCGAACACUUGAUGAGAAGGAUAAGAAAAUUCAAGAAUUGACUGCUGAAGUGCGGGUUAAGAAGCGAUUGAGCGCAUCAUACCGGGAGCAGCUAGAAGCAUUGUUAAAGGAUAUUGAAGGCCACGGUGAACAUAUUUCCAAGAAAAUCCAUUCAGUUAAUGAAACUCUUAGAAAACUCGAUGCUGAGAUGGGAAAACAUCCAAAAAUGGAUAAAUGAAUCGACAAAGCACAGCUCAGACAGGUGGAAACCAAUCUGUAUACAUGCAUUGCUUAUCUGAUUUAACCUGGCUCAAGAUGGAUCUUUGAUCUCCAUAAAACUGAGAUUGGGUUUAAGAGAUAGGAAGAUACUUUUGAGUCUGUAUAUUAUGUCUGAGAUAUUUGGAAUUGGUCUCAGUAGGCACUUUUUUGUUGGUGGCACAAAGCAAAUAUGGAUCUUUUUUUUGAAGAUUAGUUUGGGAUAAGAAUGUGAUUGUUGCAGAAUGCUGCACUCAAGGGCAGAAAGUUGAUGAGACUAAUCUUACAAAUUCAAAAAGAAUGAUGCCCAAAUUUGUAAUGUAAAAGGAAAGAUGCAAUGCAUCAAGAGAAUCAAUUAUUGUUGUUAAAUUUUAGUAUUUAAGAAGUUCAGGAAUUGUUUGUAAUAUGUGGUUUAAGAGUUUGAUGCUAUCUUUUUGGUACAUUGGGAAAUUGUUUAGAGAUAUAAAUUCAGAACCUUACCAAUUCC